AUGAGAUUCGCGCUGCUUCUCCAAGUCCUGUUGCGAUGCACAGUGGCACUGUCCAAAGUCGGCCAUGAGCCUCCGUCUGGAGAGACAGUGAUCAAGGAACUAGGACCGCUGCUAUCAAAGGGCGCGGCUAUUGUGUUGCCGUCGUCUAAGGAAGGUGAGGAACUGCAGAUUCGAGCGUCGAGUCCGCGAAUUAAGCCAGGGUAUGUGGCUGUUGUUGAGGUUGCAAGUGAGAAGGAUGUCCAGGAGACGAUCAAAUAUGCUAAUCGUCGCUCAACUCCCUUCCUCGCCGUAUCAGGCGCCCACGGCUGGCCAAGUUCACUCAACAAAGUCCACGGCGGAAUCCAAAUCAACAUGCGCAAGUUAAACACCACAACGCUCAGUCACGACGGAAAGUCAGCUACCGUGGGCGGAGGAACGAUGCAGUACGAAAUCACGGCAGCGCUCUUCAACAAGGGAAAGCAGGCGGUCACCGGAAUAUGCGAAUGCGUGUCAACUAUCGGACCGCUUCUCGGCGGCGGCCACUCCAUGCUCCAGGGUCGUCAUGGCUUCGCCUCUGACAAUCUCAUCUCUGCACGUGCGGUCCUCGCUGACGGUAGCGUAAAGAGUGUUUCUCAAACGCAGCAUCCGGACUUGUUCUGGGCGCUGCGCGGCGCAGGGCACAACUUUGGCGUGGUGACGAGCUUCCAGGUUAGGGUGUUUGAAGUUACUGAGAAAUGGACCAUGGUGGCACUGAGCUUCACGCAGGAUAAACUGGAGGCGUUUUUUGAAACUUGGAAUGGCCUAGAGAAGAGGAUACGUGAUCCAGGCAUGGUGGUUCUCAACGGUGUUAUGGCAAGGAAUAACGACCUGGAUAAAAAUCAUCCUCUCAUCAAUCUCCAGAUUCUGUAUGAGGGAAAUCCCCCCGCAGCAACAGAAUACGCAACCGCGUUCCGCAAACUCUCCCCCGUAGCAGACUCAACCACAAGAGACAUCCCAUGGGGCAAACUCUUUGAAGUCGGCGGCUUCGGUCUCUCCAGCCCUGUAUGCCGCAAGAACCAGAACAUCCUGGGCUAUCCUAACUCCUUUGACGCGUGGGAUCCAGCAGCCAUGCGUCGCGGGUUCGAAAUCUACACCGAAAUCACGGCGGACAAGACCUUCGCGACGUCGGCGUGGCUGCUGGAGUCGUAUGGGCGGAAGGGCGUGCGGGAUGUUCCUGAGAAAGGGAGUGCGGUGGCGCCGGAGGAGAGGAGAUUCCAUUUACUCACGUCGCCUAUGUUGUGGUGGGAGGGGGAUGGGGAGAGGGACAGAGAGAAGGCGGAAUUGUUUGGGAGGAGGAUGCAGGAGGCUGUUCGGGGGGAGGGGAGGAAGCAUACGUAUGUGAAUUAUGCGAAGGGGGGAGAGGGCAUGAGUGAGGUUUAUGGGUAUGAUGCUGGGAGGAGGGCGAGGUUGAGGGCGUUGAAGGGGAUGUGGGAUGGGGAGAAUCGGUUUGGGUUUUAUAAUCCGAUUGUGUGA